UCAUCCACGAUGCCCAACUCUCCCCAUCUACCGCCAGCACCAACAGGCCACAAGAUUAUGCACUCUUCCAACACUCCAUACGCCGACAGCGAAGAAACCACACCACACACCGCAACACAUACCAUUGAACAGAGCGACGGUCCAGAGGUACCUCUAAUCCAGACGAAACCCAGAAAAUCACCAUUUGGCUCCCUUCUUUCUCGAACUCUACCACAAUAUUCUGGCGAGUACGCCGUGGGUGUCUGCGAUGUCGAGGUACCCACCGCCCGUCAGACAUUUGGAAACUUCAAACAUAAAAGCAUGCCGGACGCUGCUGCUGGCCUCGCCAUGGACAGCGUGUUGUUUACGCUAUUUUACCCCAUUGAACAGCCGAAGAAACCGAAUCCUGUAGUCUGGUUUCCGAGUCUGAAGCAAACCAUAGACGGCUUUCUUAAGAUGGCCCAUCGAACACCUAAUAUUUGGUACCGGAUGAUAUCCUACCCCUUGGCUGCCGCAACCGUCUGGGGAACAACCUUCCCCGCCCAAGCUAAUGCCCCCUUACUGACGCCACCGAAGAAACUGGGCAAGUGGCCCGUCAUGAUCUUCAGCCACGGUGUUGGUUGCUCUCGUUUAAUGUACUCCGCCUUCUGUGGCGAGAUGGCCAGCAGAGGUUACAUCGUGGCUGCCCUGGAACAUAGAGACGGAACGAGUCCCAGUUCGAAGAUUACGAGCGAGGACGGCGAGGAGCGGAUGUUGCAUUGGUUAGAAUGGACAGAUUUGGAGUGGCCUGAUUUGGACCCACAACCAGCAGACGAUACAACGGUGCGACAUGAACAAAUCAAGCUCCGUUGCGCCGAAGUUGAAGAAACAAUCAAAGCAAUACGAUCACUCACGUCGUCUAAUUCCCCACUCUCCGAGGAAGAGCUCACUGCAGCCAUCGAGGCCGAAGCCAAGGACCCCGCGUCAGGAUCAGCGAAGGAGGGACAUCCGCAGACAGAUAUGGCUGCAAGGGUAGCGGCACAGCAGACAGUCUGUGAUACGACGAAUUUGAUGUUAUUGGGUUUGAGGGCGCCGGAAAAUAUGGACUGGAGACUUUGGGAAGGAAAUGUGGAUGCGGAUGAGCCGGUUAUGGCGGGCCAUUCAUUGGGUGGUGCGGUCGCGAUGGAGAUGUCGUCGCGGAACGAGAUCCCCUUUAAAGCCAUUGUUGCGAUGGAUCCUGCAGUCCAACGUUGUGAGCCCUGGACAGGCACCCUUCCUCAUCCCCUUCUCUGCGUGAACUCCGAAGAAUUCAGUGUCGGGAAGGAAUAUGCUAUCUGGAACUCGCAGAUGAAAGAUACUAUCGAGCACAGCGUCAAGCCGAUGUCUUCUGUGUUCACGAUUCCCGGUGCUACUCAUCCCUCUUUCUCGGACAUCUUCCUCAUCCUCCCUGAAAAGGUCAACCGCCUCACAGGCCUCAAGGUCGACGCACACACCGUGCUCGAUCUCUGCAUCGGAGCCGUCUGGGACUUUGUCCGCGGCAUGUCGCAAGCCACGCGCAUGCGUGCCACGGAGUACACGCCCGCUCCGCCGCGCAGCUCGCGAAAGUCGAGUUCAGCGACGAUCGCCAGUCUUGCGAGCGCGACGGGCGGUAAAGGAAAGAGUGUCAAUUCUUCGACUGGCGGUGGAAACGGGAGUGUGGAGGGGAGUCCGAAUUUGAGUGUUGGAGGGAAGAGUGCGAAACAUGGGAAUGGGGGUGAGAGCAGUAAGGAGAAAGAGAAACAGAAAGUUAAAAUCGAACAUGAGAAGGAGAAAGAGAAGGAUGCGCAGGGGUUGCCGAGGAAGCCUGUCGGGAAAAUUGGGCAGUUGAUUCAUCAUCCUUUCUGAAUACUCGUGAUUCUACAUGUUCGCCACAUAGCCUGCAUUGCGUCCAAUCCAUGCUAUCCCCCUCUCUCAUUGUAUAAUCUCUAGCAUCGCAUACUA